CUAGCCUCAAUUUGAAGACAGCUGUGUUCCAGAAAAGCAGCAAUCUGCAAUGCGGCUUUGGUUAUUGCGCAGGCGGGAAUGCGGUGGGAUGUUGGCAGGCUGAAACUUUGAACAUGUUUCUGUUUACAGAAACUUUUGUGUAUUGCUUGCUUGUCAGAAGAUAUACCUGCCAUCCACUAUAUUAAUUUACUACUUCCAUCAAACAAGCUGUUUAAAAGAUCGAUUGAAGAUACGCUGUUUGCAUAAGGCAAAAAGGAAAGUUGUACGAACCGCAAACGUGAAUAUGGUCGUAUUUAGGCCUUUAAAUAGGAAAUCACUGUUGUUGCCUAAAUGAUUCGUGCUGGUUUAUUUUUAAUCAAACGAUGUUGUGCUGUGGGAUUUCUACGUCUCGCCUUCACAAGGUCUUCAAAUUUCGUAUAUUGUUAGUACUUUGUUUAAUUGUGUGCUCUAUAAUUUUCUUGCUUCGGUCGAACUUUAUGUUCGCGCCUUCAGCAAUUCUGGACGAGCCCGGCUCUUUGACGCUUGGUGAAAAUACACAAAGCUCGUCGUCUUCCUCAUCCGGAUCUGGAGUCGAAAAGAUUUUGAAAGAGGCUUUAGAAGAAGACAAAUCAAAUCCUGUUAGGGAUAUUGAAGUUUCAAAUGAAGACUUAAAAUCGGUCGAGAACUCGAAACACCACUCACAAAAAUCCAAAGACCAAACUCGUGUAAUGAAAAAAUCAUAUUUGGAAAUAAUUGAUGAAACAAAUCCAUCACAUUCGAUUGAUAAAGACAACAGUUACCCUGUACAUAAGCUGAAAAAGUUUGCAGAGGAUAUGAAUGAAAGACAAAUAAUAUUUAACAGAGAUGAAUUUCCAAAUAGACCCAGAAAUGGUAUUAUAGUUGUUGUCCAAGUUCACAAACGACUGGAAUACCUGGUACAUUUAUUAUCAUCGCUAGAGAAAGCCAAAGGUGUUGAAAACAUUUUGCUAAUUAUAAGCUCUGAUUGGUAUUCUGACUCAAUAAUGGAUGCUGUCAAGAAGAUAAAAUUCUGUCAGGUUCUCCAUGUCUUUUUUCCAUUUGCUGAGCAAUUACAUACUGAUAAAUAUCCUGGAACAGAUCCAAAUGAUUGCCCAAGAGACAUUUCUAGAGAUGAGGCCAGAGCUAAGAAAUGUAACAACGCUGAAUAUCCUGACAAGUAUGGUCAUUACAGAGAAGCUAAAUUUACCAUGACAAAGCAUCACUGGUGGUGGAAGGCAAAUGCUGUUUUUGACAAGCUGUCAGCAACAAAAGAUGCUAAAGGGCCAGUUGUGUUUCUUGAGGAGGACCACUUUGUUGCGCCAGACUUCUUCCACUCACUGACAUUGCUCCAUAAAAUAAAGCAAAGUGAUGGAAGAUGCCAUGGUAGUUGCGAAGUUCUGAAUCUUGGAAUGUAUGUGAAAGUGGAAAACUAUUUUUCCCUCAGCAAAAAUCAGGUUAGUUUGACAGUAUGGCGCUCAUAUGAUCACAACAUGGGAAUGACUUUAUAUCAGGAUGGAUGGAGGAAGAUUCAAGAAUGCUCAGAGAUCUUUUGUACAUAUGAUGACUACAAUUGGGACUGGACCUUGAUGCAUCUGAGUAUAUUUUGUCUGAAGAGGCCACUCAAAGUCUUAUCAAUUGAUCUUCCACGAGUUUUCCAUAUUGGGGAAUGUGGAAUGCAUCACCAAGGAGAAUGCAACACAAAAGACAUUGUCAGGAAGUACGAAGAAUUAAUUGAGGCAAAUGAAAGUGCCUUUUUUGCAAAAAAAUUUGUCAUAGGAAAUACUGAGGAUGGAGGGGCACAUGCUGGUGUGCAAAAUGGAGGCUGGGGUGACAAAAGAGAUCAUUCUUUGUGUAAUAGCUUUGUAAACAAAGGAAAAGAAUACAGGAUAAUCCGGUUAUAACGUACUUCAAGGGACCAGCGUAUUAAGUAUGUUAUAUCCAAAGUACGUUGUAACGAGGGUAUGUUAAAAUUGACUAAAACCAAGCACACCUUUUUCCGUGACUAAGCACACCAGUACGUUAUAUCCAAAAGUACGUAAUAACCGAGUACGUUAUAACGGGAUUCUACUGUAGUGGAGCAUGGUUUUCUCAAAAUUCAUUCAGUUUUUCUGAUCCUUUGUACUUAGAUUUAGAAUUUUUGGACUUUUUGUGAAGCAUGUUAUGUGGUAUGAAUUUUGAACUAAAUUAUCUUUGGCAGAUACGUUUUUAUAGCAGUAGUUGGACCCAGAUUAAUAUGUCAACUUACAGAGGCAAUUUAAAUUUCAAAACAAGAAUUUAUAGACUGAUAAAAAACCAAAUUAUAAUGAAGCAAUAUAUACUUGUUAAUGGUGGCAGGCAUCAGUCACACAUUCUUCAUAAAAUAAACAAAUUAUAUACAUAUUUUGGGAUAAUAAUUGAAGAUCAUGUUUAUAGAUAAAAGUAGUGAUUUGUUAAACUUUUAUUGCCAGAAUGAAGUAUUCACUAUUUAAAUUAUGAAUAUUUUGUAUCUCACAAUGCCCAUUUUGUGAUCUACUGUUAGUAUAAUAGAUGAACAUUAUUAUUUAGUAUUCAUAAGGUUCAGUUUUCCACUAAUUCAUUACCAGAAGAAUAAAAUUACUUGACGUUUUGACAUAUGUCCACUGAAGUGGCUAAUUGUAAACAUCUCAGUAUAUACAUCUUUUUGGUAUGAAAAUUCAUAAUUCAACAGUAUCUCAUGUUUUUCAAUACAGUAAAGAAUGCUCUUGUAAGCAAUUUUAUUACUUAAUUUAAUAUUAAAAUGAAAGAGAUGGGAGAAAUUACAA